AUGGCAGAACCCUUCGGGACAAACCUCCCUCCUACCAAUCCUACAAUCCGCCUCCUCCUUCAAAAAUUCAACCAGAUUGAGGAAGAGCAUAAUCAUAUCCGAAACCCAACCUGGGGAAAGGUACAACCAGGACCAUUCACCAGCCGAAUCCAAGUCUACCGACCUGAAAAAGAGGUACAAGCCCCCCGAAUCUCAUUCUAUUCGGGAGUGGAGGACCCCGUCACCCACAUCCAUACAUUUCAAUCGGCCUUAGGCUGCAAGGGACACACCGAUGAAGGCCAAUGCAUGUUGUUCCUAUCUACCUUGGCCGGGGCAGCUCUGAAUUGGUUUUAUCGAUUGGAACCAAGUAAGGUAGACUCUUUCGACCAGUUAAAACAAAUUUUCCUCAAUCAUUUUAUGAUACAGACCGAUCGUCUGUACUCUGCCGACGACCUCUACACCAUUCGGCAAGGAGACAGUGAGCCCCUUCGGGAGUACGAGGCCAGAUUCAGCCACGAGUACUCUCGGUGCCCGGAAACUGACGACCGAGCAGCCUUCGGCGCCUUCAAAAGUGGCCUCCGAGCCUCCCAAUUUCACUACCUAGUGCACAACAGCAAUUGGACCACCUACGGCGAAAUCAUGAAGCAGACAGCCAUUCAUGCCAAGGCCGAACACUUCAACUCCAAGGGAAUGCCUUCGGCAAACAUAGGUUAG